ACUUUUUCAUUCUCUACAAAUUCAAUAAUGUCAUACGGUAACGGUUCGCGUGGUGGCUUCUCGAGCGGUGGCCGUGGAGGCUAUUCAAACGGUGGUGGUGGUUACGGUAAUGGUUACAGUAACGGCCCAAGUAGCUACGGCGGUGGUGGCGGUGGCUACGGCGGCGGCGGUUACAGCAAUGGAGGCAGCUACGGUAACGGUGGUGGUUACGGCGGUGGUGGCUUUGGUGGUGAUAAGAUGAACAAUUUGGGUGCCAAUUUACAAAACGUCGAUUGGGCUGGCGCAGAUUUAGCUAAAUUUGAGAAAAACUUCUAUCAAGAAGAUCCUCGUGUUUCUUCGCGGAAUGAACAAGAAGUUAGUGCAUUCCGUGCAGAAAAGCAAAUGACCAUUAGUGGUCAAUCUGUUCCCAGACCGAUCACCUCUUUUGACGAAGCCGGAUUCCCUGAUUACAUCUUAUCUGAAAUCCGCAAGAUGGGAUUCACUGAGCCAUCGGCUAUUCAAGCUCAAGCAUGGCCCAUCGCCUCAAGUGGUCGUGACGUUGUUGCAAUUGCUGAAACUGGUUCAGGUAAAACGAUUGGUUUCGCAUUGCCUGCCAUGGUUCAUAUCAAUGCACAACCUCUCCUUGCACCGGGUGAUGGACCAAUCGCUUUGAUCUUAGCACCUACUCGUGAAUUGGCUGUUCAGAUUCAGACAGAAUGCACCCGUUUCGGUCGUAGUUCUCGUUUGCGUAACACAGCUGUUUAUGGUGGUGUGCCUAAAGGUCCUCAGAUUCGUGAUUUGUCGCGUGGUGCUGAGAUUGUGAUUGCUACUCCUGGUCGUUUGAUUGAUAUGAUCGAAGCUGGAAAGACGAACUUACGCCGUGUCACCUACCUUGUCCUUGAUGAAGCCGAUCGCAUGCUUGAUAUGGGUUUCGAACCCCAAAUCCGUAAGAUUGUCGGUCAGAUCCGUCCUGACCGUCAAACAUUGAUGUUUUCAGCUACAUGGCCAAAAGAAGUCCAACGAAUGGCACACGACUUUUUGAACAACUACAUCCAAGUCAACAUUGGAUCUAUGGACCUUGCCGCCAAUCACCGCAUCAAACAAGUGAUCGAAAUGUGCAGUGAAUACGAAAAACGUGGACGACUCGUUAAACACCUUGACCAAAUCAGUCAAGAGAACCAAAAGGUGUUGAUCUUUACCAAUACCAAACGAAUUGCAGAUGAAUUGACGAAAUACUUGCGACAGGACGGAUGGCCAGCUAUUGCCAUUCACGGUGACAAACAACAACAGGAACGUGAUUGGGUUUUGGCUGAAUUUAAGAGCGGUCGUAGCCCGAUCAUGGUAGCAACUGCAGUUGCUAGUCGUGGUCUCGAUGUCAAGGAUAUCGGAUAUGUGAUCAAUCAUGAUUUCCCAACCAACACAGAAGAUUACAUCCAUCAAAUCGGUCGUACAGGUCGUGCAGGUGCAACCGGUGUUGCAAUUACCUUCUUCACAGCAGAAAACAACAAAAGUGCUCGUGAAUUGGUUGGUAUCUUGCGUGAAGCAAAACAAGAAAUUCCACCGGAAUUGGCACAAAUGGGAUCUUACGGCGGUGGCGGCGGUGGUGGCCGUGGUCGUGGAGGAUAUCGUGGUGGUCGUGGCCGUGGUGGUUUCCGUGGAGGAGGCCGUACAGGAAGCAACAAUGUUGGCUUGGGCGGCGGCGGUGGCGGUCGUUGGUAGAUAGAAAAAUAGAGAACAUUCUUCUCGUGUCGUUUUUCCUGGUAUACAUUCUGUCGCUAUAGAUCUUUGGCUCGUGUUUUUUCUUACUCAUCGUUAUUAAUAGAGCUACCUUCAAUUCAUUCAUUCAUUCUUCUAUUAGAACAUAAGAUGUCAUUAAAAAUUAUUCAUGAUAAAGC